AUGCACUUCACUCAGGCACUCACUCUCGCUCUUUCGCUUUCGGCUGCUGCCGUCAAAGCCGCGCCUGCCCCCAUCGUGAGGGGAAGCCAGGCCGACUCGUCCAAGCUCAUGCUGCGCUCGGUCCACGAAAGCCAAGUUGCGGCUCGCGACAUCGGCGCUACUGGCGUCAGCUCCCAGCCUCUUCAGGCUCGUGGCUUGGAUCCCGUCACGCACCUCCGCCGUGCGAUCGAUGUGCGCUUUGACGACAUCGACCCGCAGGCACGCGAUCUGGCCAUGGUCACCGAGCUCCACCGCCGUGGCCUGCUCGACCAGCUGGUCGCCGCCCUGCGCGACCUGAUCAUCACCCUUCUGGGAAAGGGCGGUGGUAUGUCGCGUCGACAGGCGAGCACCGAGCAGCUCGAGCAGGCUAUCCAUCAAGUUACUUGCAUUCUUGAUGCACUGUUCGGCAACACGGACGAUACGUGUUCCGACGUGCUUGGUGGCUCGUCCAACUCGACCAACGCCACCAGUAAAACAGCCAACAAGACCUUGUCGCCUCUGGAGAAAAAGCUCCACGCGCUUGGAGCUGAGCUUCGUAACGGCACGAGCAUCACCCAGGUUGUGGAUGGCAUGAUGGCUCACAAUGCUACUGCUACCGCUGCCGGAAAGAAGGGUGACAAGAAGGCAGGCAAGAAGAAGGGCGACAAGGGCAAGCAAGUUUCGGGUGCUGCUAGCAACCCCACUUCUCUGCCCGCCGACGCGGCUACUGGUGCUACAACUACAACUGCAGCUCAGCAGCAGCAGGAGAAGCGCUCGUAUGAGCUGCUCAACGCCCGUCAAAACUCGGGUGUCGAGGGCCUACUUGUAGCGCUCCGCGACGUGGUCGACACGAUCCUCAACACGCUGCUACCUAUGGCUUCGCGAGGCGAGGACGAUUCUUCGGCCACUUCGACUUCCUCAGGCCGAUGGCCUCCUCAGGACUGCCCGCCCCCCACGCCCAACGAUGGUAUGUACCGUCCCGGCUGCCCCGGAUACGGUCGACGCGACCUCGCUGUGCGCAGGAGUAUGGACGCUCUCGGCGAACGAGAUGCCAACAUCCUCCAAUCGAUCAUGCCUAUGAUCGAGAUGCUCCUGCAGCAGCUGCCCUCGCUCAUCCAGUCGAUGGCCUCGUCGCCUGCCUCGUCUGCUGCCGGCUCGGCCGCCACCGCCGCUUCGACGGCCACGGGCGCUGCUGGUGCUAAAGGUGCCUCGCCCACCUCGAUGGUGGACGCUGCCUUUGCACAGAUCAUCUCUGCGCUGGGCAACGGCAACGACGCAGGAGCCAGUAAGGCUGCUGCAAGCGCCACUGGAUCUGCAGCCAAGGCGCAAGCUACCGACGCCAAAGCCGCCAGCUCGGCCGCGCGAAGUGCUGCCAACUUGAGCCAGAACUACGCGCGCGAUCUGCUCAACGGCGAUGGAAUGAACCUUGGCAAGCGCCAGGCGACCACGGGUACGACAGACGACGGCACCGUUGGCAGCGACAACUGCGAUGCCAGCGGCAACUCCGGUGGAAUCAACGUGAGCCUGCUCAACAACCUGCUGAACGGUUUGCUGAGCGGGUUUUCUCGCCGCAGCGUCGACGAUGCGCCGCUCGAGUUCUUCGUGAGGCAGACUGCAAGCACCGGUGACGAUGGCAAUGCUAUCGGCAGCGGUAACUGCAACGCUAGCAACAACACGGGUGGCGUCAACGUGAGCUUGCUCGACAACCUGUUGAACGGGCUGCUCUCGGGAUUCAGUCGUAGAGACAUUGGUGCAGGAGCAGAGGGCAUGUUGUCGGUUGAGAUGUUGCAGCGCGACGUUGAUGCCGGAUCCCCCGCUGCUGUUGCACGAUCGGCUCCUGAAUCCGCCCUCCUUCAAGAACGCGCCGAUUUCAAGCCUGUCUGGGCGCAGAUCAAGAACCUCGGUAACGAGCACUUUCAUGCGGCCCGCGAUGUUUCCGACUCUGCUGUCAAGCGCGCCGCCGCUGCUGCUUCCGACGAUGACGCUCCCAACUUUACCCCCGUAUGGGAAGCUUUCCGCGACCUGAUCGACAGCGGAUACGACCAGGCUGCCAAUGCUGCUCCCUCGACCGCAGGCCAGCGUCGUGACGAGCCGCUCAAGCUCGACUACAAGCCCGUGAUCAAGGCCAGCAUCAAGUUCGGCAAGCAGAUGUUCAAGUCGUUCACCAAGCACCACGCCAAGCGCUCCACUGACUACAAACCCUUCAUCGACGCUGCCAGCAACUUUGCCACCACUGCCUUCAAGGAGAUGUUUGUGAAGUCGCACUAA